AAGUCUUGGUUGUAUGCUUCAUUCUGUAGUUUGCCCCAGCCUGAAAUCAGUCGUUACUCGCUCCUCAACCGAAAAGGUUGUUUGAUUUUUCUUAAAUCAGCCCCACUAACGAUGGUGCAUCUGGUGCAGAGCAAGGAGGACCUCGAUCAGCAGGUCACCGAGGCAGGCGACAAGCUGAUCGUGAUCGACUUCUAUGCCAAUUGGUGUGGACCCUGCAAGAUAAUCAGCCCCAAGCUGGAGGAGCUGGCCCAGCAGUAUGCCGACCGGGCCGUCGUCCUCAAGGUGAACGUGGACGAGAACGAGGAGAUAACCAUCCAGUACAACGUGACCAGCAUGCCCACGUUCGUGUUUAUCAAGAACGGGGCCGUGGUCGAUGUUUUCGUUGGCUGCAACUCCGAAAAGCUGGCCAAGUCCAUGGAGAAGUAUGUGGCCUGCGACUGCGAGUUCGAGUACGACCAGAACAACAACGACCACGAGCCGUGCGAGGGGGAAAGCAUCAGCGACAGCAAUGUGUGCGCCCUCAGCUCAAACGAAUCGGAGGCCGCUGAUGCUGAGGAUGCAGCUGCCGCCACCACCACCAACGAUGGCGUCAUCGAGGCGAGCCAGGAGAACUGAAAACCCGUACACCAAAAGGUGCAGCAGCCUCAUACAACACAACAGAAGAGCACAACACCAAACAACAUUAUUGAUGCCUUCGACCAGUCAGGUCGUCCUGG